ACAUCUAGCUCCGACAGAGACACUGUCCUGUGUGUCUGCUGGUUAUCAGAGAAGACAUGAAGUGGUAUGCGAGCUUCUGUUUUCUACAGAAUUAUUUAUGCUUUUAAGUAAAGGACAAUUGUAUUAUGUUUUGAAAUAUUGUGUCUUUGGGUUCAGUUAAAAUAGCUUGCUAGUGGUAGGUGCUAGACUAACCUGUCGCUAAAGCUGUUGAUGACUAAAUCCAACAUUUGUCGGUGCUCUUGACUAUGAUAAAUAGAGAUACGCCUUACUGUCUCUUUAAGCAGGAGAGAAAAACGGAAAGAGCGAGCGUGUGUGUGAGAGAAAAAGAGAGAGAUAGAAAAAAAAGAGAGAGUUUUAUUCUUAUAUGGAUUGUCAAAUGCCAUACAUUGGUGUACUAGGUAUCGGAUAAUAUGGCAAGGUUUUAUUCCUUUGAAAAAAGUACAAUGAGGGUGACAAUUAUUUCGAUAGUUGGACCUGCAAGGGGCUGACUUAAUACUGCAACUAUUGGAAACAUUGUCUCUGGUAGUCUAUGAUACCUUUGGAUGGAGACCGCACUUGUCAAGAAAGUCUGAGUUUUAUCGUCGCUUGUGGAAUACAGCUUCGGAAUCAUUUAUCAAAGACAGGCUCCGCUGGUGCCCUGGUGUCUCUUUAGAUCUGCUUACUCCGAGGACUGGUAUCUCUUUAGAUCUGCUCUCUCAGGGACUCCUGUCUCUUUUUGUACCUGGUUUCUCUUUUUGGACUGCUCUCUCUCCUGGGCUGGAGUGGCUCUGCCUGUGGUGGACGUUUCUCCCUGUGGCUGGCGUGUCUCUUUCUCUGCCUGUUUGUCCUCCUGGGGUGUGGUCUCUCUCUCGGCUGGAGUGUCUCUUUUUGGAGCUGUUGUGUGUGGAGGGCUAUGGUGAGGCGAUGUGCGCUGGCUGGAGGACUGGCUGGUGUGAGACAUGGGGUGGCCGGGGGAGAGGUGGAGGAGCGGGGCCGUGGGAUGGGAACCGACAGGGGCUUGGGCCUGGACGUGGGCUGGGGUCAGGGGUCAUCGUCUGGAUCCUUGUCCUCUUGCUGGGCACGUGUGGCCUGGCGUCGGGCCAGUGCCCAGACAGCUGCCACUGUGCCUGGGACACGGGCACCGUGCUCUGCGUGGACGCAGGCCUGCGGGAGGUCCCUCAGGGACUGCCCCCGGACACCGUGUCCCUCCACCUGGAGCGCAACUACAUCCGCCACCUCCCCGAGGACGCCUUCCGGGGCCUUCCGCACCUCCAGGACCUCCACCUCUCCCACAACCGCAUCAACACCCUCUCCUCCGGGGCCCUGCGGCACCUGGGCCCGGAGCUGCGCCUGCUCGACCUCUCACACAACCAGCUGAGCCGCGCCAACCGAGAGGAGUUCGGAGCGACCCGCGCCAAGACGCGCCUCUACCACAACCCCUGGCACUGCGACUGCACCCUGCAGGAGCUGAUGGAGACGCUCAACCUGGAGCCGGAGACGGUGAACGGCAUCGUGUGCGAGAGCUCGGUGCGCGGCGUGGGCGAGGGGAGCCGCUGGGAGGACCCGGCGUUGCUGGGGGAACACGCGGGCCAGCCCCUGGUCAAGCUGCUGGACUCUGGGGUGAACUUCUGCAGCCUGCAGAGGAAGACCACCGACGUAGCCAUGCUGGUGACCAUGUUCGUGUGGUUCUUCAUGGUCAUCGUGUACGUGGUGUACUACGUCAGGCAGAACCAGGCCGAGGCCAGACGGCACAUGGAGUACCUGAAGAGCUUACCUAGUCCUAAGAAGACGCCCACCGAGGGAGACACACUGAGCACGGGCUUCUGAGAAGUCAAGACGAUGUUCUGCUGCAACCCUCCUCUGCAGCCAAAGCUUG